AUGCAGUGGUUGUUUGGCAGUGUUGUCCGGAGGGCGUGCAGGUGUGUUACUGCUGGGCAGGCGUGCAGGAGAUUGCUGUGGCAGCAGCGUGGGAUGUGUGGGAGGGGGGGCAGCUUGGCGGCGGGCGUUCGGCCCGCCGCCGGGCUGGGAGCGGUGCAGAAGGGGGUGCCAUGGAGAGGGAUCUCUGGGGUGGCUACGGUGGUGCCUAGACGGUCGAUUUCGUAUAUUCCGAAGCUGCUAGGGCGGGCGGUGAAGUUGCCGGCGUAUAUUGGAGGUGGGGCGGCGGCUGUUGGUAGUUACAUUGCGUAUAAGGUCGAUGAGGCGAGUAGCUUCACGUUGAGGAAACUGGGGGAGUUGCAGGAUCUCGGUGAGGGGGUUCGGAGCCGGGUUGGGGAGUGGUUUAGUGGCGGUGAUGGCGGCGGCAACGGCGGUGGUGAUGGGGAUGGGAACGGCACUGCGAGUGAUACGGUAGCUGCUGCGACGUUGUUGGCUUCUCUGGCUGAGGACGAGAGUAAAGAGCGUGAUGCUAGGGGUGAAGACGAGGAUGAGGAUGAGGACUUGGGUGAGGAGGACAACACGGGGGACGAGAUUCUCAACUUGACGAAACAGAUGAUUGAGAUCAGGUCCAUCUUGAACAAGAUUGACUCUAGCUCGCCGGGUGUUACGCUGCCCUCCAUUGUGGUGAUUGGCUCGCAGUCUAGCGGUAAGUCGUCAGUAUUGGAAUCUAUUGUCGGAAGGGACUUUUUGCCAAAGGGGUCCAAUAUGGUUACAAGAAGGCCGAUAGAGUUGACUUUGGUGAACACUCCUGGCAACGAAGACAUUACGGCCGACUUCCCCACCCAGCGCCUGUAUAAUAUCAGAGACUUUAAAGAGGUUAAACGGCUUCUAAUGGAACUGAACAUGGCGGUGCCAUCGCAUGAGGCUGUAUCGGAUGAACCAAUACAGCUGACAAUAAAGUCCUCGCGCGUCCCCGAUCUAUCUUUGGUCGAUUUGCCCGGUUACAUCCAGGUGGAAGCUGCAGAUCAGCCCACAGAGUUAAAAUCUAAGAUUCGUGGUGUUUGUGAUCGGUAUUUAGCGGAGCCAAAUAUCAUUCUCGCUAUCUCGGCGGCAGAUGUUGACCUUGCGAACAGUGCCGCUCUCCGGGCUAGCAAGAUAGCGGACCCGCAAGGAUUGAGAACUAUUGGUGUCAUUACUAAACUGGACCUUGUCGAACCUCCUCAGGCGCGGGAAAUCCUUACUAACAAGAAAUACCCCCUCAAGAUGGGUUAUGUCGGUGUCAUCACCAAGGGACCAGGGGCCAAAGCUCAUAGACUCUUUGAUCAGUCUGGCGGAUCCGGUGGUUUGUUUAGAAGUGUGAAGGGCUCCGAAAAGGCUAAGUCACUUGAAGCAGAACGUAUAGAAACAAUACAGUUUGAAAGAGAGUAUUUCAAGGAUCACAAAAACGAUUUUUCUUCUUGCCAAGUGACCACUAAGAAGUUGAGAGAAAAGUUGAUAAAGAUUUUGGAAGUAUCUAUGAGUAAUGCUUUAGAACCAACUUCUCACAUGAUCCAACAAGAACUGGACGAUACCUCUUAUCUUUUCAAGGUCGAGUUUAAUGACCGUCAAUUAACCCCGAGAUCAUACUUGCUGAAUAAUAUUGACGUUUUGAAGUUAGCUGUUAAGGACUUUCAAGAAAAAUUUCAUCGUGCCGACCUCAAGUCGAUAUUAAAAGCUGAUCUGGACCAACGGGUAUUGGAUUUGUUGGCUUCACGCUACUGGAAGGACGAUAAUAUCCAAGAGCUGUCAAAAAAUGUGAAUGACGAAACAUCUGCUCUCUAUUGGCAUAGGAAACUGGAGCUUGCGUCCUCCAGCUUGACAAAAAUAGGUGUGGGCAGAUUGUCCACUACAUUAGUCACUAACGCUAUUCUUAAAGAAUUGGAAAAUAUCCUAGACGCUACACAGCUGAAGAAUCAUGACUUGAUAAAGGAAUUGGUUAAUAACACCGCUGUUAACGUACUAAAUGCAAAAUAUUACUCCACAGCAGACCAGGUGGAAAACUGUAUCAAGCCUUUUAAGUAUGAAAUCGACCUGGAAGACCGCGAUUGGUCAAUAGCAAAGGAACAUUCUAUUGCUCUUAUAAAGGAAGAGCUACGCCAGUGCAAUGAAAGAUUCCAGAUGAUUAAAAACGUUGUUGGUACUCGGAAGCUUCAACAGGUCAUUCAGUAUUUGAAGACUGACCCUUCGCGUAAAGAAUCUCUCGGCUUCUCUACUAUGUUAUUAGAAAGGGGUACUGAGGCCACCUUCUUACAGGAUAGAUCUUCCAUGCUCUUGUUCAGGUUAAACAUGUUGAAAAAUAAAUGCAAUUCAACUGCAAACAAAGACAAGUGUCCUGAAGUUUUCCUGAACGCUGUCAGUGAUAAACUGUCCUCCACAGCAGUUUUGUUUCUCAAUGUGGAGUUACUAAGUGAUUUCUUUUACAAUUUCCCAAUAGAACUGGACAAGAAGCUAACCGAUUUAACCGAUGAACAAGUCGAAAUGUUCGCAAAGGAAGACUCACGUAUAGCAAGGCACAUUGACUUGCAAAAACGUAAAGAACUCCUGGAAUUAGCUUUAGAAAAAAUUGAUUCCAUCCUAGUCUUUAGAAAGAGCUACAAGGGUCUCUCAAAGAAAACCUAA